UUCUAAAACAUAACCGGUACCGCUAGUGCCCAACUCCUUUGAAACAAAGUAAAAACAAAGAAAAAGAAAGUAAAAACAAAGAAGAUUGGUAGGGGAAAAAAAACCGAUAACCAUAUUUUAGUAUCCUAUCCAUUGACCUAUCUAUCUUCAACAAACCUUGAAACAACCUUUGUGCACCAAUGGCGUUCUGCACUUCAUCUUCUCCAACAUCAUUCCACUUAAAACCCUUCACCAUUUCUCCCCCAAUCUCUUUACCAAACUCCUUCAAACCCACCACCCGUUUCCCUUCUCGCACCCAUCAUCAGUUAUCUUUAUCUCAUUCUCCAAGGAAGCUAUCAAUCUGUGCAAGAGCUGCAGCCGCACCACCGGUUACCGAAACCGUAAAAGACCCGCUGCCGGCGGACCUUGUUGUUGAAGAAACCCAAGAACCGAAUUGCAGGAUUCGGUUGAGCGUAGAAGUUCCACCUAUCGUAUGCGACGAUUGUUACAAAAGGGUUAUAAAUGAGUUCAUGAAGAAGGCAAAGGUUCCAGGAUUUCGUCCCGGAAAGAAGGUUCCAGAAAGCAUUCUCGUAAGUUAUAUCGGGAAGGACAAUGUUAAAAAGGCGGCUGUUGAAGCUAUUUUAAAGAGAACUCUUCCACAUGCCAUGUCAUCAAUAGAGUCGCGGGCUUUGAAGGACUCGAUCCGCAUUACGAGCACAUUUGCAGAGAUGGAAAAAAUCUAUUCUUCUUCGAACACCCUAAGGUAUGAUAUUAUCGUGGAUGUAGCACCUGAAGUGAAAUGGGUCCCAGAGGAUGGCUACAAGAAUUUGAAGGUUGUGGUUGAGCUUGACAAUGAAAUAGAGGCAAAAACAGCAGCUGAACGAGAAUUAAAGCGUCGUUACAAGGCUCUAAGUAUAAUGAGAAUCGUCACAAAUAGAGGACUACAGAUAGGUGAUGUAACGGUCCUAGAUAUAUCGGCAACAACAGUGGAACAAGACGGAGCAGAAGCAAAAAACGUUCCAGCUGCAGAGAGUAAAGGUUUCCAAUUUGAUACAGAAGACGGAGAUCGAGUUGUUCCCGGUUUUCUCGACGCAAUAAUCGGAAUUCAAGGAGGUGAAACAAAAACUUUCCCGCUCGUGUUUCCAGAUACGUGGAAACAAGAAGAUUUACGCGGUCUACCAUGUCAAUUUACGGUUGAAUGUAAAGAACUAUUUUAUCGAGAAUUACCAGAAAUGAAUGAUGCCAUUGCUGAUAAGCUUUUUCCUGGCUGCACCACAAUCGACCAGGUUAAGGAGUCCUUGUUGGAGAGAUGUAUAGAACUGGAGCAAACAGCUAAAGAUCAAGCAACCGACAACGCAAUUCUUGACCAGCUUCGACAGAUGGUUCAAGUUGAAAUUCCUCAAACGCUGUUUGAAGAACAAGGCAGGCAGCUUUACGGAGCCAAACUACUACAAAUACAGGCAAACAUGAAACUGAAUGAAGAGCAAAUAGCAACGCUUUCAAGCCCCAAAGCCGUAAGAGAAUACUUGGAAAACCAGAGGGAGAAUAUAGAAAAUAUUAUCAAGCAGAAUCUUGCUGUUGGAGACAUCUUUAAACGUGAAAAUCUGCAGGUUUCAACUGAUGAGAUUGUGAAAGAGGUUGAGAGCUCGGUUGCAGAGUUCAAAAAACACAAGCAGGAUUAUGAUGAGGAAAGCAUUCAAGAGCAGGUGCAAGAGGUAUUAGAGGGAGCAAAAGUGCUUGAAUGGUUGAGAGAACAAGCGGAUAUUAAGUAUGUAACCGAAUGAAGAAACAACAGCAGCCAAACAAAUAUUUUUGGUCACAGGUACAUCUAUCUGAUCAAGCUUUGGAGGCAAGUGUAGCUUAGCUAGAAUGUCGGUAAAUGAACAAGAACCUUUGUAGCAGAGAAGAUAAAUAAAUAAGUAUAUUACUUGGCACCCGAAGAUUUUUUCGUUGUAAUUUCUGAAAAAAACAUCUAAACGGCUAGUUUUGUAUAUGUAUCUGUAAUGUAUUUUUUUUCAAACAACCUUAAAAACUAAGUUCUUCUUCUAAACCAUUGCGUACUAAGAA